UGUGUAUUCUUAACCAAAAACGUUACACUAAUGGCUUCUCUGAUUGAGCAAUGUCAAGUUGCGCCACCUCCCGGCAGUGCAGCUGAGCUCACACUUCCUCUCACAUAUUUUGAUAAUCUAUGGUUACUUUUCAACCAUAACCGGCGAAUUUUGUUCUACAAAUUCCCUAUUUCCAAACCCGAGUUCGUCCAGACCAUUAUUCCUACUCUUAAAGAUUCUCUCUCCCUCGCUCUCAAACACUAUUUACCCUUAGCUGGCAACGUUGUUUGUCCAUUAUUAGAUUGUAGCAGUUAUCCUGAAUUGUGUUAUGUAACAGGAAAUUCUUUAUCUGUAACUUUUUCUGAGACGGAUAUGGAUUUUGAUUUUCUCGUUGGUAACCACCCUCGAAAUCUGAAGGAUUUUUAUCAUUUUGUUCCUCAAUUGAGAGAACCUAAGGAUGCACCUGGGGUCCAAUUAGCUCCCGUCUUAGCCAUACAAGUGACACUUUUUCCGAAUCAUGGCAUAUCCAUUGGUUUCACUAAUCAUCACGUCGUUGGUGAUGGAGCUACCAUAGUAAGGUUCAUAAGGGCAUGGGCUUUGCUUACCAAAUUCGGCGGAGAUGAGCAAUUCUUAGCGAAUGAGUUCAUUCCGUUUUAUGAUAGGUCCGUGAUUAAAGACCCUCAUGGACUAGGGAAAUCCAUAUGGGACGAAAUAAAGAAAUAUAAAGCGAGUAUGUGUGACACUAUGACUCCUCCUGAUAAGGUUCGUGGUACUUUUAUUGUAUCACGUGAUGACAUCUUGAAGUUCAAGAAUUUAAUAUUAUCAAGACGACCGAACUUAACUCAUGUAACAUCUUUCACAGUAACGUGUGCUUAUAUAUGGACUUGCUUAAUAAAAUCAGAGGCCUCAACAGGGGAAGAGAUAGACGAGAAUGGAGUGGAGUUCUUCGGAUGUGCAGCAGAUUGCAGAGCGCGACUCAAUCCACCAAUUCCUCAAACUUAUUUCGGGAAUUGCAUAGUCGGGUACGUUGCAAGAACAAGGCAUACUGACUUAGCAGGAAAGGAAGGUUUUACAAUUGCUGUGGAAUUAAUUGGAGAAACAAUACAGAAAAGGAUGAAGGAUGAGGAAUGGAUCCUAAAUGGUAGUUGGUUUAAAGAAUAUGGUACAGUAGAUCAAAACCGUUCGCUUUCAAUUACUGGAUCGCCAAAAUUUGAUUUAUAUGCUGCUGAUUUUGGUUGGGGAAGAUUAGAAAAGUUAGAGUUUGUUUCUAUUAACAAUAAUAAUGGCGUAACGAUAUCCCUCAGCAAGUCCAAAGACUCAGAUGGAGAUUUAGAGGUUGGUUUGUCUUUGCCCAAAACUCAAAUGAACGCUUUUGCUGCAAUAUUCACUCACGGGCUAAGUUUUCUGUAGCAAACUCUAGUUAAAAUUCUAGUCAAGAUCAAAUUCCUUAUCUUUUCCUAGUGCAACUAUCAAAAAACUAUCUUGAACCACAAAGAAAUAGCUGAUCUUCGUGUGGAAUGAGAUGUAAAAACUAGUUAUUUGGAUGCUAAAUAAAAUCCGUUGUGGUUGAAUAUGGUUGAAAUAUGCUUUAACGUUA